CAUCUUCUUAAAUAUGUUUCAAGAAACAACUGACGUGACCAACUUAGAGGAAUAACCUCUGACGUCUAUGCCAUUAGUUGUUUCUUGUCUUUUUCUACAUGCAUGAAUGUUCUCCCUGUCCCAGUCGAAUAUAUAGUCAUUUAUAAUUAGUACGUAGUACAAUUAAUCAAUAUAUAUCGUCCGAAGUCGAUUAUUACGUUAAAGAUGGUGGGGAAAAUAGUGGUUUCGUUGGUAUCCUUGAUUCUUGUGGUCAGUGUGGUAUUGGGAGUGGCGAUCGCCCUGCACAAAGCUUCAAACGAUGAUGGUCAACAAAGCACCAAAGUCCAAAUGAAGGCAUCCAUUGAAGAGUUCUGUAAACCUGCGGAAUUCCAAAUAGCUUGUUUUAAGAGCCUUGAUUCAGUGGCUAACAACGAUAGUGCUACCAUGAAAGACUACCUCUUGGCUUCCUUCAAAGUGACCGGGGAUGAAAUCAAAAAAUCUUUAGCGGUGGUGCAAAAGACUCCUAUUGACAAUAAAACAGAUCCUUACAAUCACAUGGCAGUAGAGGAUUGCAAAGAGUUGUUGGAAUAUGCGGUUGAGGAACUCCAGGACUCCUACUCUAUGGUUGGGGAUACCGAAUUGCAUUCCCUCGGCGAUCGUGUGAGUGAACUGUUGAACUGGCUGGGUGCGGUGUACUCCUAUCAAAGCAUGUGCAUAGAUGGUAUCGACAAGCCUGAAUACAAAGAAGCUUUAGAAAAUGGCAUGCGGAAUGCAACCCAACUCACCCACAACGCAAUCAACAUCGUAGCAAAGAUUUCAACCGUCCUCCAAGCCUUCAACGUCUCAAUUGCAAGCACUAAUACUACUACAUCAUCUAAUAAUCACCGCCGCCUCUUUGGUUACCCUACGUGGUUCCCAGUUGCCGACCGUAAGCUUUUAGCAGGAGGAGGACGACAUAGGAUAACUCCUCAUGCAGUGGUCGCCAAGGAUGGCAGUGGCCAGUACAAUACCGUCGCUGCCGCCCUCGCUGCAUAUCCUAAAAACCAUAGAGGCAAAUACUUUGUCUAUGUCAAAGCUGGAAUCUAUGACGAGCAUAUCAUCAUCUCUAAAAAGCAACCAAACGUCUUUAUCUACGGCGAUGGAGCAGGGAAAACCAUCAUUACCGGAAAUAGAAACUUUGGUCUCAUGAAAAUAACCGCACAAGACACUGCUACUUUCGCUGUUCUUGGCAAUGGGUUCGUUGCUAGGAGCAUUACCUUCCGCAACACUGCUGGUCCACAAGGGCACCAAGCCGUGGCUCUUCGAAUUAACGGUGAUAUGGCUGCCGUUUUUGACUGCAGCAUUGAAGGCUAUCAAGACACCUUGUACUAUCAAAACCAUCGGCAAUUUUAUCGCAACUGUGUCAUAUCUGGUACCAUAGAUUUCAUUUUUGGCAGGGGAUCAGCAGUAAUCCAGAAUAGUUUGAUCAUAGCGAGGAGACCUUUGGAGGGCCAGUACAACACUAUCGCUGCCGAUGGCAAAGAAAUAGCAAGUAAACCUGGUGGGGUGGUAUUCCAGAACUGCAGAAUCGUUCCAGAAAAGGAAUUGUUUCCGGUCAGGUUCCAGCUUGCGUCUUACUUGGGCCGUCCCUGGAAGCCCUACGCAACAACGGUAUUCAUGGAGAGCGAAUUGGGUGAUUUCAUCCGCCCAGAAGGUUGGAUGAUAUGGGAAGGCAAAUCGUUCGAGCGGACCUGUCAUUACUCCGAGUUUGCCAACCGCGGACCGGGUGCUCUCAGCAAUAACAGGAACAAGAGCUUCAAGAACUUCCGUCUUAUUAACCCAUUUGAAGCAGCUCAAUACACAGCUGAUCGCUGGAUUAAUGGAUAUCUCUGGUUGAGGCACACUGGUGCACCUUUUUACCUUGGCCUCGGAGGAAGAUAAAUCAAAACAUGUACUCUACUACAAAACUAAUUAAGCUAAGCUUGUCCCACACAAUAUAUAUAGACCGGGAACAUCAUUCGUUCAGAUCAUGGAGAAUAUUUAUUAUACUUUCUUUUUGAAUU